AGAAGGGGCGGGACCCGGAGUGCAGCGGCCGGCGGCCCCAGAUGAUAAAGAGUUAAAAACUGUACAAGGAGUAGUGACAAGAUUUUGCCAUGAUUAUGGGAUGAUAGAUGACUUGAUUUGCUUCACAAGUGAUGCUGUGAUGAGUGGUGUGCCACUGAACGUUGGACAGAAAGUCAUUGCUAUUGUUGAAGAGGAUAAAACAUCUAAUGGAUUGAAGGCGAUUAGGGUAGAAGCUGUCUCAGACAAAUGGGAAAACUAUAGCAGUCCUACUUACGACUCUUCUGAAUUAAAAACUAAAAUGUUAAUUGGCAAUAUUACAUCUCUUACUGAAGAUGGUGGCUAUAUUAAUAAGACAACUUCUUUCUCCAUGGCCCAGGUUUGUGAAGGCUUUGAACCUUGUAAAGGUGACUGGGUGCAAGCCGAAUAUUUUAUUAACCCAACAACAUGGAGCAGUGAAGCAGUUUCUGUAAAGCCACUGAGAUAUAAGCGAGUGGACAAAGUUCGUAUUUCCAGUGUUUGUGGAAGAAUUGGCGUAGUAGAUGACAGUAUAUUUUUCAUUCUGGAUUAUCUGAAACUUCCUGAUGGUUAUUCACCUCGUAGACAUGACCUGGUCAAUGUGGUGGUUGUGGAGAGUAACCAGUCAUGUUACAUUUGGAGAGCACUCUGCAUGGCUCCCUCAGACAAGAAUGGUGAAAUGAACUUGGAUGAGUCAUAUGAAAAUUUAAUGAGAGACAAAGGAGGACUGAAGGUGUCAAGAAUGACUAACUUUGGAACACUUAAGCUAGGGGAGAGUAAAAACAUGGUCAUUUGGAUAGAGAAUAAGGGAAAUGUACCACAUUCCUUAAUCAGCUGCAGACUAGCUGGCUGGGAAAAAGAGAAGCAGUUCAGCUUUCAGUUGCCCGAAAAAGGCCAGAAGACUCCAACAGCAUUUUUGUCAUCAUCUGUUCCUGUGAAACAAAAGAAUUUGUCAAAAGGGAGCAUCAAUUCACUCAAUGACAGUAGAGAACCUAUGUGCCAGCCAUUGAAUAAUGCAUUUGUUACGAAUAAUGGAACCCCACCGGAUGGAAUUAAUCCUAAGGAUCCAGAUUUAGCAAGAGAGAAUGAAGAUCUUGGUAGCAGAGAAAAUGAAAAUCUGUGCAGUGGAGAAAAUGGACGAAAUGUGGAAGAACAGCCAACAGUUGAGACAGAAGCUAGUGGGGAAAUCUUCAUACCACCUGAUGGAAAGACUUCCAUUGUGAUCAUAUGCACUGCAGUAAACCCUGGCCUCUGCAAAGAACUUCUACUGCUUUGUUUUUCUGAUUUUAUUAUUGGACGUUACAUUGAAGUAACUGUAAUAAAUGAAGAGGAAUCUCUCAUAGCAGCCACUGAACCAUUUUCACUAAGAAAGCAUAAAGUUAUUUCGGAGUUACAGCACGUGAAGACUACAGUGACUGUAACAGAACACAAAAGAAGUUGUAGAAGACAUCUUCCAAGUUUCCUACCACACUAUCCCAUACCAGAUAGAUUAAGAAAAUGUGUGGAGCGGAAAUUGGACAUACUGACUUUUCAGCCUCUACUUGCAGAGCGACUGAAUCUGUCUAACUAUAAAGCAAAACUUUCUACCCUGCUCUGGCUUGAGGAGAUCCAUGCUGAAAUGGAGAUCAAAGAAUUUAGCCUGAGUGGAGUUAUUUUGAAAAAGAAUGGAAACUUCUUGGUGCUGGAAGUACCAGGGUUGGCAGAGGGAAGACCUUCCUUAAAUGCAGGCGACAAAGUGAUAUUAAAAAGUCAAGACUACUCUGAGCAUAUAAUAGAGUACAUUGCUUAUGUUACUGAGAUUCACGAUGAAGAUGCUACUCUGAGACUUAACCCAGAGUUUGAACAGGUUUACAGCUUUGAACCCAUGGAUGUAGAAUUUGCAUUGAAUAGGACUACCAGCAGGCGAUGCCAGUUUGCAGUUGAACAAGGCAUCUAUCUGGGUGAAAAAGUGUUAUUUCCAGAUACUCUGGUUUUACAAUCCCCGCAAGUUGUCAAGACUUGGAAUAAUAUGGGACGUCGUACUGUUGCUGCUGAUCAUGAACAGUAUACCAAGAAGAAAGAUGUGUGUUCUUUUCAGAAAAAGAAAAUGCAAAAUGAGGAAACAAAAUGCGUGGUGCCAAAGGAGAGAAACAUAGUGGCUGUGCCUCGAAUGGUGGCUGUUGCUACACAGACAAGUAAACUGAUCAAUGGAAUCAUGACACCUGAACAGAGAGACUGUGAAUUUUUCAAUCCUGUGCUGAAUGAGCAUCAGAAAUUAGCAGUGAAGAGGAUACUUAGUGGUGAAUGUCGUCCAACUCCUUAUGUUCUCUUCGGACCACCGGGAACUGGAAAAACUGUGACAAUGAUAGAAGCUAUCUUACAGGUACAUUAUACUUUACCAGACAGUCGAAUUUUGGUCUGUGCACCAUCCAACAGUGCAACGGAUUUAGUUUGCUUACGACUGCAUGAUAGUAACUUCCUAAAACCAGGAGUUAUGGUCAGAGUUAAUGCUAGCUGCAGGUGUGAAGAGACAAUCAGUGAUACAGUAAAACUUUACUGCAAAGAUGGUGAAGAUAUUUGGAAAGCAUCACGGUUCAGGAUAAUAAUUACCACAUGUAGCAGUGCAGGAAUGUUUUAUCAAAUCGGAGUAAGGCUUGGGCAUUUCACACAUGUAUUUGUGGAUGAAGCAGGACAGGCAAGUGAACCAGAAUGCUUGAUUCCACUUGGGUUGAUUUCAGAAGUUAAUGGACAGAUAGUUCUUGCUGGAGAUCCAAUGCAAUUAGGACCAGUAAUAAAAUCUACACUUGCAUUGGCUUAUGGAUUAAAUAUAUCCAUGCUGGAAAGACUAAUGUCACGAUCUCUGUAUCAGAGAAAUGAGGAUACAUUUGGUGCUUAUGGAUCGUACAACCCUCUGUUGGUUACAAAGCUUUUGAAGAAUUACAGAUCACAUUCUACAUUGCUUGCGUUGCCAUCUAAACUAUUUUAUCAUAAAGAGCUGGAAGUUUGUGCAGACACUUCAGUAGUAACUUCUUUGUUGGGUUGGGAAAAAUUACCAAGGAAGGGGUUUCCACUAAUUUUUCAUGGCAUGAGGGGCACUGAAACACGUGAAGGACACAACCCCUCUUGGUUUAAUCCUACAGAAGCAGUUCAAGUAAUGCGUUAUUGUUGCCUUCUUGCGAAACACAUUAACAAUGCAGUGUCAGUGACUGAUAUUGGGGUGAUUACACCAUAUCGUAAACAGGUAGAAAAAAUUAAGUUUCUUCUGCGAAAUGUUGAUUUGAUGGAUAUUAAAGUUGGUUCUGUAGAGGAGUUUCAAGGGCAAGAGUACUUGGUGAUCAUCCUAUCGACAGUACGAUCAAAUGAGGGCUCAUUUGAUGAUGAUAGAUACUACUUGGGAUUCCUCUCUAAUGCAAAACGAUUUAAUGUGGCAAUUACCAGACCAAAGGCUUUGCUUAUUGUGGUGGGAAAUCCUCAUGUUCUUGUAAAAGAUCCCUGUUUCAGUGCUCUUUUGGAAUACAGCCUAGCAAAUGGAGUUUAUGUAGGUUGUGAUUUGCCUUCUGAAUUGAAAUCUCUGCAACAAUACGACUAGCUUCCAGUGCUCGGGGCAUGACCAGAAGACUUUUCCAUCUGAAAGUGAAUGUGUGAUAAGCAUUGAAUUCAAAACAAGCUCAGGACCUCUGGUUUCAGCAUUGUUUUCUAAGUAGUUUGUAUUCCUAAACUUAAGGGGAUUUUUUUAAUUUAA